GUGUGUAUAAAAGCGGCACGCGUAUUCACGGUGGUCGUCAGAAUCAGAACCGCCGCCGUACUUGAACAAGAAGGAACAACCCCACGUGGUGCUUCCUCGUUGGUCACCAACCUUGCUGUUAUCUUACUGGUUUUUUCUUCAUCGCUUCGGCAGAAGCAACCCCUUGUUCCACCCAGCGGAACGAUGAGAAGACGACGCGAGACGGCCAUGCCGAGCCUUUUCCUGCCGAGUCUUCUCCUAGUCGUCUCACUAUUUAGCUUGGCCAGCGCGGGUGGACACGGCGGACACAAGCAUGUGGUAAUUCAUGUGCCGUACAAGAUCAAGACCAUUCACCACACGCACACGAUCACGAAGCACAUACACCACGGCGGCGGCGGCGGCGACAAGUACGAGGUACUCGGAUAUACCGUGGGUCACCCCAUCGAUUUAGGAGGUCACGGCGGCGGAGGCGGUUUUGGCGGACACGAUUUCGGUGGCGGCGGCGGCGGUGGAGGACACGACUUUGGCGGACACGAUUUCGGCGGCGGCGGCGGCGGCGGCGGUGGCGGCGGGGGACAUGACUUCGGCGGAUACGAUUUCGGUGGCGGCGGCGGUGGCGGCGGGGGACAUGACUUCGGGGGUGGCGGUGGUGGCCAUAUCGAGAUCAGCGGUGGUGGCGGUGGUGGAUUCGGGGGCGGAGGUCACGAGGACUGGUCGGGUCGUUAAGUAAUAGUCCUCUUGCGUACAGUCGAUAGUUUUCCGAAAAUCGCGCUAAAAACAGCUUUAAAAUAAUCGGGAUGUAGUGACCUUCCGAAGCGUAUGAUAUACACAUUUCCCGCAGUUGUCCAUUCCACUGAUAACGUCACUUGAUAAUUAGCAAUCAUUAUUGCGACUAUCGAUCUUUAUACAAAUCAGUUCUAUUUUGACACUUGCACGUAAGUAAUAUAAAUAAUGAUAUCUCUUUUCUGUUAGACAAUUUUUUAAACAUUUCGAUGUAAUCUUUUAAAGAUUAAUUAAUGAGUUUCGUCUGCUCGAGAAUUGCGUGACGUUGCAAUUACAGACAGAAUUUUGCAUAGAAAUACCCGCGAAAUUGAAUCUGCGUAUUUCGACAAUUUUAACGUCACAAAACGGAUUUUUAUAAAUGGAAAGACAAUAUGAUGCGGUUAUAAGACACUUACGAUGCACUUUUGCAAUAACCUGUCUCAAGAAGAAAAGUUAGCAUUCGCGGACGUAUGUUUCAAAGAGUUGGACGCUCCCACGCACGGCACUUUGGCGUACAUCGGUACAAUGAACGACUCGAUUUCUUUUCUUGUUUCUUACAAUGCAAGUAUUUGUGUAACAAUGUGUCGACAGUGACAUCGUGCCGAUGACGCGUUUAGCAUCAAAAUUGCGACUGAAAUUAUACGUGUAAUUAUAGGUGUAUUUACAGAAUGCCCAUCGACCCUUCGUCACUUUUGCCUCCUGAUGAGCGUCUCGUCGAAUGUCUUCUGUUUUUAUCUCUAGUCUGAGUCACUUAAAUCUUGUGAAAUACUCGACACAUUCUUUGAGCACAAUGUGUACAUACUGUUAUUUGUUUUUUUACUCCUGUAAUGUGUUGUUUUUUAUAUUACGUUUUUUUAUGUACGUUAUAAUACAUAAUGAAUAAAUUAUAUACGUUUUUAUGAACUUCUGACAAUUUCUUAAUCUUAAAAAUAAUUUAUACUUAAGUUUGCGAUGCAUUUUAGGAUUGAAAUUAUACUUAACAUUUUUCUUAAAUAUAUUAAUUAUAUAUUUCUCAAAAUUUCCUUGAUAACUUCAAAAUAUCUGAUAUAAUGGAAUGUUAUAUAUAUAUAUAUCUCUCUUUCUCCUGUUACUUGUUUGCAGAACGCUUCUAAGUAUAACGGAUAGCAUACCAACAGGCGUCGCGACGCGUCGCUGUGUUGAGAAUAUGUAUGCUUGUUUCUAGAAACCUAAUGUAAAAUUAUUCGCAUCAAUAUCUAAAAAACUUAUUUUUGAAAAAGAAUGUUAACAAAAUUCUAACUACAUACACAAAAACAAGCUCAAGAAGCAAAGAGUAGCAAGACAAAGUUAUUCUUAAAAGUAACAUGUAUGUAUCUAAAAUAAGACAAAAACUGCAUAUGAGAAAACAAUCGCCAUGUCAUUCGCGAUUAUGUCAGGUUGCAAUCCGGAAGGAAUGUUCUCGUGCGGAAGCAACAUUCUACCGCGCAACUCACGGUAGAACACGAGAACGCUGGAGGCGACGAUAAGCAGACUGAUCGUUAAGCAUAAUGAUUGCAAAUGAAGCUAAUACUCAUGAAUGAGGAUUUCAUUGCCGCGUCGAUGUACUCCCUAUCAUCAGUCUCGCGAGACGCCAAAGGCGAAACCUCGCACCUAUUCUAUCCAUUCGUGAUAAUCACUUCCGACCGCUUUUGAAUCAGUAGCGCUGUUUACAAUAUUAAUUAUCUAUAUGCGUUGCAAUACUGAUUAUCUCAUCGAUAUUGUCGAUCAUCGAUUCAUUAGAUUCAUAUCGUGUCUAUAAUACUUCAUGAAUGUUCUAUCUAUUCAUGACAAUCAUCUCCGAUCGCUCUCGAAUCAGCAGCGCUGUGAGUUUGCAAUAGUAAUUAUCAAUGUAAUAAUCACAAUUGUACCAAUUAUAAUAAAAAUUAAAAUAGCAA